AUGUGCAAUGCAGAGCAAGUGUUGGCCCAAGCCCGGAAGAGAAAACGCAGGACCAGCAUCGAGACAAACGUGAAGGGGACACUGGAGAACUUCUUCCGCAAGUGUGUGAAGCCCAGUCCCCAGGAGAUCUCCCAGAUUGCUGAGGACCUCAACCUGGACAAAGACGUGGUCCGGGUCUGGUUCUGCAACCGGCGUCAGAAAGGAAAACGGCUGCUGCUGCCCUUCGGCAAUGAGGCGGAGGGGGUGAUGUACGACAUGAACCAGUCCCUGGUGCCCACCAGCCUGCCCAUCCCGGUGACGUCCCAGGGCUACAGCCUGGCACCCUCCCCUCCAGUCUACAUGCCACCCUUCCACAAAGCCGAGAUGUUCCCUCAAGCGCUAAAAAGGGAGCACCCCCGUGCACUGAACUGGGGGGGGCUGCAGGGGCUGGUGUCG